AAACAAAAAAAAAAAAAAAAAAAAAAGACGACAUCCCUAAAAGAGCUUAAUCUUUCUCCUUUUCCCUAGAAGGAGCUUGUCAAAGGAAACAUUGUUUCGUGCACUGCCUUCUCCCGAUAGUGGGACAAAGCCCGCAAGAAGGCGGGGAGCGAGCGCAAACUUCGCUUGGAUACAAAGGCGGAAUUCACGUGUUACUCUCUGAUUGUUUUGUUUUUAAAAGGUGCAAAUAAAUGUUUUCACCCAGUAUCACAAGGCGAUUGUUUCGUCUGAUAGGCAUCAGCUUUGCAAGUGACGUGGAUUAAAAACAGAAAACCACACGUGUUCAGGGGUACGCGAGUAACCAUCACACUUUACCUCACCAUCGUUACCUUAGGUAGAUAUUGGUUGGCCAUUGCGUUUAAUUUAGAUUUUACCAUCCCUCAGGAAGGGUGUUUCUUACCACUUUAAGUUUUGAUCAGCGAACCUCAUAUUGGGUCCGCUCAAGCAGGACCGGGCUCGGUUUUCUUGCCGUCCUACUUUUUGGCCUGUUAAUCCCCUUCUGCUCUGUGCGGUGCACUUACUUUUCGCAUACCUUUCUCUGAGGUACAUCUAGAUAAUAAUCAUGCAGCCUUGGCAGGCAUCGACUACACAAUACGUACAACAUCAGACAGAACCGCGAAUAUGUCAAGAUAAUUUGAUGCAUGACAUGCGCGACGCUAAGAAUACUGUCGCGCUGUUCGCCGACUAUAUCGAUCGCCUACGGCCUGAGAUUCCCCGGCCGCACAGCACUGCCGAUCUCCUCGGCCUUUCGCCGUCCCUCGUUAGCCGCCAGGAAUCCACCAGCUCUGCAGACGGGUCGCGCAGAGGUUCAUCGAAGCGGCAUCAUAGAAGUGUUGGGAAGGAAUGGGCGGGGUCGCCUCAGGGGACACUUUGGAACCAAAUCAGCCAAACACUCCAAGACGUCGCGGCCGAAUUACCGGACGCUAACCAAACGGCGAUACAAGAGUUCAUCAGCGCCCCAGAGAUAUUGAAGCUCGGGAAUGAGUUUGUGCACUACUACCGCCAAGGUAGCAAUGCUAGGGAGAAGCCAUACUGGGCAGCAGAAGACCUAUUCUUCGACCUCCAGUCGGUGAAGCAGGGCGACGUGGCGGCUGACAGGUGGACACGCGUGCGGCUAGAGAAGAGAGCAGGAUGGGACCUAGCAGACCACCUCGCACGUUUCGUACUGUUGGCCGACAACUUCCGCAGUCAGGCGAACCGUCAGGACUGGAACACAUGGGGCGAGGGCUUCGUAAGGCAAGUAUCGUUUUACUUGUGCAUCUUGCGAUGUUUUACGAUCAGAGAUGCUGAGCAGCAGCGACAAACUGCACGGGAGACUACGCGAGAUCGUGACUCGAAAAUAUUGACGAAACGAAGAUCCAACAAUAGCGGUAGUAGCAAGGUGUCCGGUCACAGCAAGUGACGAUGAUGUCGUAGGAAAGAAAGUAGUAGUAUGGGAUUACGCGUUUACUAGAUCCAUACUACAUUAUGUUAGGUAGGAUCCAAUGCCGGGAUACAUACUAGGAUACAUGUACGAAGGAAAGGAGGAGGACCUGAGAGGCUAAGUAUCGAAAGCGUUAUGCGGAUGCCGGUGACAUGGUGACUCUCUAAUCAAGUUGACUGGCAAAUGAGGAAAUCUGGCUACCUCCUAAGGAAUGCAUGUGCUGCUUUCGAGUUGACAUUAAAGCUACCUAACCUAACCUAGGUACACUUCCACUCUUACACUCUGAUGAGAGGAUUAGGUGAUUAGUGAAAGGUGUAUGUAUGGAGGGACGGGAUGACGAUGGCUACGGAGGUAGUUGGUUCCAAAUAGCUCUAAGUAAUCAAUUGAAUAAGUCCGAUUGGUUUGAAUCAAAAUGACCGAAAUCUUCAUCAGGAGGGAGAUUAUAGAAAUUGUAGAGUAGAAGUUGUAGAGGUGAAAAUAUAC